CUUCAGCUUGAAUCUAUUACUAUUUGGAAUCACUUUUCAAUCGCAAAGUUUACGGGGAGAUGUUGAGGAAGGCGCUGCUCCGAGCUUCCGCUCGAUGCCUCGCGGCGUCGGCGCCGCCUCCACGGCCACACGCAUCACUGCUGCGGCACUGCUUGUUCUCUUCCUCUUCUUCCUUCUCCUCCUCCUCUCAAGUUCCAAGCGAUCAUUUCGUCGAACACUUGGAGGACCCUUCUCAACCGCAGCCUUCCGCCACUGUCUCCAUCGACCGCUCCGCUUUGUUCCAUCCUCCUGAGCAUUCUCACGAGCCAUCUACUGAUUCUGAGCUUGUGAGGCAUCUUAAAAAUAUCAUCAAGUUUAGAGGGGGUCCAAUUACUGUUGCUGAGUACAUGGAGGAAGUCCUGACCAAUCCGAAGGCUGGUUUUUACAUCAAUCGGGAUGUAUUUGGAGCUGGAGGCGAUUUCAUUACCUCCCCAGAAGUUAGCCAGAUGUUUGGAGAGAUGAUCGGUGUUUGGACAAUGUGCCUUUGGGAGCAAAUGGGGCGACCAGGAAAGGUUAACUUAGUUGAAUUGGGACCAGGCAGAGGAACUCUUAUGUCUGAUCUUUUACAUGGUACAUCGAAGCUAAGGAAUUUCACAGAUUGCUUGAAUAUACACUUGGUUGAAUGUAGCCCUGCAUUGCAGAAACUGCAGUAUGAAAAAUUGAAAUGCACGACUGAAGCUAGCAGUGAUGGAAGUGGUGCAGAGACACGGUGUAUUAGUGGAUUAUCUGGGACCCCUGUGUCAUGGCACGCAACACUUGAACAGGUUCCAACAGGAUUGCCUACAAUCAUCAUUGCCCACGAGUUCUAUGAUGCUUUGCCAGUACACCAGUUUCAGAAAGCUUCUCGUGGUUGGUGUGAGAAGAUGGUCGAUGUUGAUGAGAAUUCAUCAUUCCGGUUCGUUUUAUCUCCACAUCCCACACCGGCAACUCUCUAUCUUUUGCAGCGAUGUAAAUGGGCUGGUUCUGAAGAAACUGCUGGUGUCAAUCAUAUCGAAGUCUGUCCAAAGGCGAUGGAUUUAACUCAAGAAAUUUCCAAGAGAGUAAGCACUGAUGGUGGCGGAGCUCUCAUAAUCGACUAUGGCCUCAACGGAAUAGUUUCGGACAGCCUACAGGCCAUUCGGAAGCAUAAGUUUGUUGACAUACUUGAUAAUCCUGGAACUGCUGAUCUCAGCGCAUAUGUUGAUUUUGCUGCUAUUCGUCAUUCCGCUGAAGAAGUCUCAGGAGAUGUAUCCAUCCAUGGUCCAGUAACUCAAUCCCAAUUUCUUGGUUCUCUUGGAAUCAACUUCCGGGUUGAAGCUUUGUUGGAUAAGUGUAGUGAUGAGCAAGCUGAAUCUCUAAGAACAGGAUAUUGGCGUCUGGUGGGUGACGGCGAAGCCCCAUUCUGGGAGGGUCCAGAGGAGCAGGCCCCCAUUGGGAUGGGCAAUCGGUACUUAGCCAUGGCAAUAGUGAACAAGAAGCAAGGAGUUCCGGUGCCGUUUCAGUAAAUCAUAAAACCAGGUAUUGCUAACUUGUGUUCAUUUUUCCGUAUUAUACUCAAACUUUGUCCUGUCAUGUCUUGUUUUCCUUUUUUCUCAUGAGUUUAGGAAUAUUUAUGUUAUGUAACAUGAAUAUUAUACAAUGAGGUUAUACUGUUCUUCACUGGCCUUUUACAUUAAGCUGCUGCUGCUACUUGCUUGCUUUGGUCGGACUA